AUGAACUGCUUAAAUCUAACACCGUUGGUAUCUGCAAAAUCUUGUCUUUCCAGCACUAGUUCACUCUCUUUUUACUCUUCCACCAACCCUUUUCAGCUUCCAAGUUCACCUUCAAGAUCCUCUUCUGCGACCCCAAUUCAUUGUGGUCUUCGAGAGCUUAGGACUCGUAUAAAUUCAGUGAAAAACACACAGAAGAUCACUGAGGCUAUGAAGCUUGUUGCUGCUGCUAAAGUGAGGAGAGCACAAGAAGCUGUUGUUAAUGGUAGGCCUUUUUCUGAAACUCUUGUUGAAGUUCUCUAUAACAUUAAUGAACAGCUUCAAACUGAAGAUAUAGAUGUGCCUUUAACUAAUAUUAGGCCUGUAAAGAAAGUUGCUCUUGUUGUGAUUACUGGUGAUAGAGGACUUUGUGGGGGUUUUAAUAAUAAUAUUCUCAAGAAAACAGAAGCAAGAAUUGCUGAAUUGAAGAAUCUUGGAGUUGAAUAUACUGUCAUUAGUGUUGGAAAAAAGGGUAAUUCUUAUUUUAUUCGUAGGCCGCAUAUUCCUGUUGAUAGGUUUCUUGAAGGAAUGGGUUUUCCUACAGCUAAAGAAGCUCAAGCAAUUGCAGAUGAUGUUUUUUCAUUGUUUGUUAGUGAGGAGGUUGAUAAAGUGGAGCUUUUGUACACGAAAUUUGUGUCCCUUGUUAAAUGUGAUCCUGUUAUGCAAACCUUGCUUCCAUUAUCACCAAUGGGAAGGGUUUGUGAUGUGAAUGGUGUUAGUGUUGAUGCAGCUGAGGAUGAGUUCUUCAGGUUGACAACAAAAGAAGGGAAAUUGGCUGUAGAGAGAGAUGUUGUUAGGACUGAAAAAGCUGGGCUCUCACCAAUUAUGCAGUUUGAGCAGGACCCAGUUCAGAUUCUUGAUGCCUUGUUGCCUUUGUAUUUGAACAGCCAGAUUCUGAAGGCAUUGCAGGAAUCACUAGCUAGUGAGCUUUCUGCUAGAAUGGGUGCUAUGAGUAAUGCAACUGAUAAUGCUGUGGAGUUGAAGAAGAACCUUUCAGUCAUAUACAACAGGGAGCGUCAGGCCAAGAUUACAGGAGAGCUAUUGGAGAUUGUUGCUGGUGCCGAGGCCUUAACCUAA